AUACAAUCAAAAGUAACUUCACGCACCACCCAUCAGUCAAAUCCUCGCUUCACUGCAAACGCUCUUGUGAGUCGUUUCGUUUCGUUCCGUUGAUUCGGUUUGGUUUUAGCGGUUUAUUGAAAAGAUCCGAUUCAAACGAACGAGUCGUUUACGAAAUGGGACGUCGCCAGUCUGCAUUAUCGCGCUGUUUGUGGGAAUAGCAACCCACAAAGCAUUACUGACUACAUAUUUACUCGAUUAUGCUUUGCAAAUACAUCGGUAUUUCUUUUAUCUCGCUCUCUUUACUUUAGGGCAACGUUAGCAUAUUAGCCGUCCGGUUCUACAGCUAAAUGUUAUGUGCUAUUUGCUACUAUCGACUAUUAGCCUAUUCUUUGAAGCAUGAGUUAUGAUAGAUAAUGUAUUUGUAUCAAUUACAUGGAGGUGAACAGGAACAACUUAUGCAUUGAGAAGUGCUAGUUAGCCAGCUAGCCGAGUAGACUGAGGUGCUAUGCAUCAACUUGCUCCUGGUCCUCCUCUCAGCUUUUGGAUUGCUGAUAUUGACAGAGACAUUUAGAUAUUAAAUGAGCCUAAAGCCUUGGUACUUGCGUUACAUGGGAAAUCUACAAUGUCGAGGAUUCUUCUGGGCCUGGUAAUGCUUGGAUGCACUGUUACUGUUGAAGAUGUUCAAGCCUUUGACGACCCGAUCACCAGACUUGUGAAUGAAAAAGCAGGUGAGCGGUGCUCGGGUAGAGUGGAGGUGCGUCAUGGGCAUCAGUGGGGCACCGUGUGCCAGCGUGGUUGGGAUCUGGAGGAUGCCACAGUGGUUUGUAGAGAGCUCGACUGCGGCUUCGUGUUGGACAUUCCAGGCAGCGCUCGUUUCGGACGGGCCAGUGGAGAAGUGCUGUGGAGGAAUGUGAAAUGCUCGGGUGACGAGUUUGCCCUGGAUCUGUGUGAACGCACCCUCAAUGAUGAUGUGUGUAUGCACAGUGAGGAUGCUGGAGUGGAGUGCACAGGAAAUCUUCUAGCACCCACCUUGUCAAUUCAGUCUCGCUUCUACACCUAUUCGGCCGGAGAGGCCGUUCACUUUAAAUGCACUGCCCCAUACUGGCAGUCCGUCAUUGACUUCCAUCUGUACAAAAGAGGUGUGGACACUCCGCUAGUGACCCAGAGAGCAGAUCCCAGACAAAUGACGGUGGAUCUGACUCUGUCAGACUCAGAAAACUCCCAUCAGGGCAGCUACAGCUGUCUCUACAGGAUACACACCAAACUGGGAAACUCUCCCUCAGGAUUUUCUCCAUACAGCAACUUCAUUAACAUCACAGUCUUGGAGAUUCACACUCCCCAAAUCUGGUACAACACGUCUCCUGAGGCCCGGCCGGGUUGGGUCAUUCGGGGCCACAGUUUUAACGUCACCUGCUCCAUGCAGCCUCAGUAUCCAGGAGGAUCCUUUCAGCUGCGGCUCAUCAGGCCCAACGGGACCAUCCGGCACUCUCUGCCAGCCCUCACUCCCUCCGUCACCUUUACCUUCUUCGAUGCCCAGUCCAAUAAUGAGGGCUACUACUGCUGUCUCUACAAGGUCCAGACUGGAGAGCGCACAUUUAUCUCGAGGGAGAGUCAGCCUUUACCCAUCUCUAUUCGAGAAGUAGAUCCGGUGAUGAGCCCGGUGUUCAUCAGUUUACUGGUGUCCAGUUUGACGUUUGUGGUGGCCACAUGUGCCAUUCUGAUUGUUGCCAAAGUGUACUGCAAGAGAGUGAGCAAACCCACUGAACUGGAGCGAGAGAGCAGGACCUGUGUUGACAACACAUACAUUGCCUUGACAAUCAAGUAAUGGAAGUUCUAAAAGAAGCAACUAGAAACUGGUGACUUGUUGGUGUUUCAGUGGCCUGUCCAAACCAAAGGGAAGAUCGAAGUUUGAAGAACCACAGAAACCACCAUUUCUUACUAGCUGCCAUUCUCUGUCAGUCACAGAGAAACAUUUCCAUUGUCAUUGGUUGGAGGUUUUUCUUUCAAUGUUACUGGAGAUGGA